GAAAAGACUGUGAAGAAAUGCUACCUAAUUGACUUCGACCAGGACACAGGAAAGUCCGGAUGUGAGGAGAAGCACCUGAAGGCAGCAGGACGGAGGAGGAAGGAAGCAGUAACAAAGACGACUGGCCGCUCCUAGCUGAAAUAACGGGGCUAAAUACGUGCUCCCGUGUGCCUCCACUCAGCAACAUGAUGUUUGUUGGUGAGAAGACGCUGGACGAAAAACUCUGCCACAAGCCUGCAGUUCCUUCAAGUUGACAGGACCUUCCCACAUGUCCGAUGGAAGCCAAGGGAUGCAGCCAGAGGUGGAAGAUGCAUCUCCCAGAGUUUAAACACAGCAGGAGAUGCCCGAGUCCGACUACUAAAGACAACGAACGAGGCAAGACAGAGAGAGACAGAGACAGAGGAGGGCCACACAAAAGUGUUACUAUGGCUCCCACCUCCAGGUAUCUGACAGACAGACAGUAUGUAAUGAGAAAGCCUCUGUUCUCUGAGGAACAACAUACAUCUAUCUUAAAGAAGACACAUCCACAGAAGCACACAGAGAAGGAGAAACACUUGAGUGUUAGCCGAAGAGAAGAAAACCAGCAACGCACUGACAUGAAUUUCUCGACCAGACCAAGAGAGGAGCUGACCCCAGAGAGCUUCAGCCUCUCUCACAGUGACAUCUCACCUCCCUCCGCCUCUAGAACAGACCCCGGCUCACCCCUGGGUGUCUCGGAGCUCAGCGCUAGGCUGUGCCAUGAAGAACCCACUUUUGGAUCACCUUUCCCUGGCGGCAGAUCAGCUCGGCGGAGCCUCUCGAGCUCCUUCCUGGAGGUCCAGAGAUUAAACCCUCCUCUUAGGCCGCAACUGACCUCCACUGUCCUGUAUCCUACAUACACCCCUCGCUCAGGGCACUCCAGGCCAGACCAGACCCAGCUCAGGCUGGGGGGGAGGGAGGAGGAGACCAAACUAUGCUCUUCUGGAGGACAGUCAAAAGGACAUCCAGUGUCUCCCUAUCAGGCAAACUACUGGGCCUGUGCCAUCCCCAAAGCUUUGCCUCCAUCUCCAAACAGGCACUCUGCAGGCUGGGACCCAAACAGGGAGUACCAGGCCCUGCUGGACUACACCUACCCUCUGAGACCAGGACAGGUGGUCUGUGAGGGGGACCGCUCCAAGCUCCAGGGAGACUCCCUUCUUCGAACGGACCCCAACAUGCAGGAUUCAGGGAUUGAACUGGACCACCUUUGUAGCUCUACCAGCCUGUCAGGGUUGGACUUUUCUCUUAGUGUGGGUCAUAGGUCACCUGACCUGCAGGGGUUCACCAGAUACUCAGAUGGUCCGCCAUCCGGGACCUUGCUCUCCCCAACAGACCCUCUGGGUUUGUCCUCGGACAGUUUAGUCUGCAGUAGGAACGAAGGUGGAAUGAAUCGUUACAAAUCUGAUGGUCGCCGUCAUCAGCACCAUGCUCCGUCCGCCUCCACCUCCACUGCUUUCACCUGCUCCACCAGACUUCUCCCACAGUCCAGGUGUGUGUGUCUGGAGGUGGACGAGGAGUUCCGGCCUCUUCCAGAGCAGCUGGAGGAGCUGAAGCUGCUGUCCAGAAAGGUGCGGGAGGUGACGGCCCAGCUGAGUCGGCCUGUCACAGCCAGCUGUGAGUCUCUGGAGCCAGGCACCACUUCCAUCCUCUCCUCCAUCACCCUGCCUGAGAAACAGGAGGCUGAAGACGAGGACGAGGAGGAGGAGGAGGCUAAAGUCAAAGACUUGGAACGCGGCAAUCAAGACACAGAUGAAGGAAAAGAUGAGACGGACAGAGAGGAGAGGAGAUCUGCUCAGACGGCAGCUGAUCACAGGGACUCUGAGGCAGCGAGGAGGAGUUCUGGAUCCUGGGUGGAGCCUGCAGGAGGUGGACCGAGUCCAUCCAGUCUCAGGGAGGUGGAGGUUUUGAUCGAGCAGCUGUGUGGCCUCACCCUGCCUGGCAGCCAGAGGAGCAGCCAGGACGACCAGGAGCGAAGUGACUCCCUGAUGCAACACAUCGAGGUCUUCUGUUCACACCUGGAGCAGCUCAUCCAGCAGCUAUAUUCAGUGUCAGAGAAGAUGGAGCUGCUGGCUGCGCCCACUCUGGACUUAGACAGCGUGAAGUCAUCUCUGGCUGAGUAUCAGAGUUUUCAGAGAGAAGUGAGCAGCCAUCAGCCCCUGACCUCCUGCGUUCUGCACACCGGACAGCUUCUCCUCCGCUGCAUCAACACCAUGUCUCCAUUUUUAAGAGACACCCUGCUGUUGAUUGAGAGGCAGAGUGGAGCUCUGGAGACCCACACUGAACACUUUUUCUCCUCCAUCCUGUCUGCCAUGGACAGCCUCACCCGCCCCGGUCCAGUCCAGCCGAGCAGAGAGGAGGACCCUGGCCCUGUGGGGGUCCAUGGGUCCACUUUGUGACACGUCUGUGAUAGGAUUUAUUUCACCUAUUUUGUUGUUGUCUUACUUUCAACUACACAGUUCCUAUUUUUAUAAUACAAGGAUCUCAUUUAUGUUUCUUUUUUUUAACAUAUUAGCAUCAUGUGUAUCAGUUGGAUAUGUAUGGUAUAACAAGAUGUAUGGACAUCUUCUGAAGGAAACCGUUUAGUGUCUAAACUGAACUGAUCACAUUGAAUAAUAAUGCAUUACAAAUGUUCUAUCAUGCUUUUUUUCUACUCAUAAUUACUGUCACCAUUGUAUUGAUAUGAUCACCCUUUCUGUCACUCAUAAUGUCUGUUUAAAAAAACAACUGUAUGCCAGCAUUUUUAAACCGAAAAAUAAAUGUUUAUUGUGAACUUGA